GAGUGUCCUGAUUGUGGGAAAAGUUUCAGUCAGAAUUCCUGUCUGGUGAAACACCAGAGGACUCACACAGGAGAAAAACCCUUUCAGUGUCCUGACUGUGGUAAAAGUUUCAGUCAGAAUUCCAGCCUGGUGAAACACCAGAGGAUACACACAGGAGAGAAACCCUUUGAAUGUCCAGACUGUGGAAAAAAUUUCAGUCACAAUUCCAGCUUGGUUCAACACCAGCGAAUCCACACAGGAGAGAAACCCUUUCAGUGUCCUGACUGUGAGAAAAGCUUCAGUACCAAUUCUGGCCUGGUUCAACACCAGAGGACUCACACAGGAGAAAAACCCUUUCAGUGCCCUGACUGUGGGAAAAGUUUCAGUCAUAAUUCCAGCUUGGUUCAACACCAGAGGAUUCAUACAGGAGAGAAACCCUUUGAGUGUCCUGACUGUGGGAAAAGUUUCAUUCGCAAUUCCAGCUUGAUUCAACACCAGAGGACUCACACAGGAGAGAAACCCUUUCAGUGUCCUGACUGUGGGAAAAGUUUCAGUCACAAUUCCAGCUUGGUUCAGCACCAGAGGACUCACGCAGGAGAGAAACCCUUUCAGUGCCCUGACUGUGGGAAAAGUUUCAGUCACAAUUCUAGCUUGAUUUUCAGCCCCAGAAUUCUCCAGGCAGCAUCGCUUGGGGAUAGAAGCACUCAGACUAUAGUUAGAGAUUGUGGCACCUCAUACAAAGAGAAAGUGAGAGAAGAAGAGAAGUAG